CCAGGCGAGCGGAGUCUCUUAAAGCCGCAGUAACGCUCCGAGACGUAACGACCGCCAGGCGAGCGGAGUAAUGCUGCUGGUCUUCCUCCUCAGGUAUCCUCACUGCCUGCACAUGCUGGAGCUGCUGCAGUACGAACACUUCAGGAAGGAGCUGGUGAACGCUCAGUGCACCAAGUUCAUCGACGAGCAGCAGCUGCUCCACUGGCAGCACUACUCCAGGAAACGCACCCGGCUGCAGCAGGCGCUCGCUGAGCAGCAGCCGCCGCAGCAGCAGCCACCGCCACACGGGAACGCCGCCGCCAAGUGACGAGGUCACCGGAAGACGGCGUGGGGACGGAGCUCGACCGGUGCUGGAUUCAUGGACGUGGAUGUUUGAGACGGACAAUAUACAUUUCUUUUUCUUUUACGCGUAAACAUUUUUGAUUCAGAUCCCUGAAAUGUGACCUGAGUGAGACACUUUACAGUGAAACAAUCAGCUCGUCAGUGCUCUGUGGUAGAAUAUAAUAUACUCUACCACAGAGCUACACUGAUCAGCUGAUACUGUGUGUGAGUGUGAGUGUGAGUGUGAGAGUGAGAGAGAGAGAGAGAGAAUAAUGACAGAGCAGCAGCUUGUUUGAACUUCCUGUUGGAUUCAUUGAAGUGAAUCAUUUUGUUAAUGAACUCUUAAACUCUCAGCAGCUGAAGCUCCAACAUUCAGUCACAGAUCUGCUCAUGAAGUUUAAGAACACAAACUCAGUGGAUGAAAGGAAACGUGAUGACAAACGGAUCCGAUACAGAAAUGUUUUUUCCAUUUCAGUCGACACAAACUAUGUUCAGCAAAAUCAAAGUUUUAAUCAGAAAAUAUCUUUCAGACGAGACGUUUCACAAUAAAUCUGUUAUUUCACAGACGUCUGAUGUCUUUUUUAAAUCCGUCCACUGAGUUUGUGUUCUGAACUUUCUUCCCUGAUAAACAUCAUGCUGUGUAUGAACAAGAAGUUUAUUGAUUAACAAAAAGAAGUUUAUUGAUUAAUAUGACGUGAUGACAGAGAGAGGUUUCAGGUUUUAAAGGUGAUUUUCACAGAUCAGCUGCAGCCUGUAAUGUGAGAUAAACAGUUACAAACACAGUGAGGGGUUCUUAUACAGAUAUGCAUUAUUAUCUAGUGGUUCCAGUGUUUUUACUUUGUUUUUAAUAAAAUGUUUGAUAUUUGAAUCUUUCAGUUAUUCAUUGAUUUGGUGAUUUGGUAGUAAGUAUUUUAUGGCUUUAUUACUGAGAUGAAUAGUGAUUCACAUUCACUUUUUCUUUUAAUAUGUUUUUCUAGUAUUUAUACAAAAUAA